AUGUGGCUACUGCUUUCUGUGAAUUCAACCAUGGCUUAUGCUGCUAAGUUGACCGAUUUUUUGGUCACCAAGCACACAAGUGCACUAACUCGGCUGUUUACAGGUGCACUACAAAAGAUGAAGCUACUAACAGCUCUGUGUUUCCCUUACGUGUUGGCACGAGGGGUAUUUCCGGUAUUUGGUUACCCGUUGGUGGUGAACUCAGUUGUUUACAGCAUUAAUCCAUUUAGUCUUAUUGGAGUUGGAUUAUAUGUUUGGACUUUUGCAGCAACUGGAUGUGGGAUUUCAAUUGACUUUUGGUCAAUCACAAUCUGCAGAAUUUUCAUAGCUGUUAGUAGCUUUUUCAUGGCAGAUGUAAUUAGCAAGAAGCUUCUACUCUUUUUUGGUCUUCUUCUUGUUGCUCCUCUCGUUGUUUAUCCUCUUAAAACUGGUUGUGGAGGAUUAGGAGGAGUGAAUGUUGAUGAUGUUAGAGUUACUGGGGAUGCACCUGCAGCACGUGGGGAAGCUAACAAUGAACUUUUGGAAUUUAUGGGGAAUGUGUUAGGUUUGAGAGUAGGUAAGAUGACACUUCAGAGAGGGUGGAACAACAAGUGUAAGCUUCUUGUGAGGGGUUCAUGGGUGAUGAAGCGAAAUUUUCGUAUUCCAUUAGAGGAGCUUAGAAGAAUUGUGACACUAGAAAAUGUGUGUGCUUUUGAAAGCAUGCUAGCUGGAAUGUACAGACUGGAACUUCUAGGAAUCAGCAUGACUCAUCCAUGUGGUUUCUCCUCUGCAAUGAAUCAACUCCCUACUAAAGCAAUAGCUUUAGCUGCUGCUUCUCACAUCGAGAGAGAAUUACAAAUAACUCCCUGGAAUUUAAGCAGCAACUUUGUUGUACGAAUCAGGAUAGAGGAAACAUUGAAAGAUUGGAGAUUAAUGGUAUUGGUGAUCCAUCUGGUAGAGGAUUAG